CGAUAACUAACCACCAGGUCCGCCAUCGAGACAACCCGACACAAUGGCGAUCAAGCACAACCAGCAGAUCCAGAAGAACCAUUUCCACAAGGACUGGCAACGCUACGUCCGCGUGCACUUCGACCAGCCUGGCAAGAAGAAGUCCAGACGCAAUGCUCGUGUUGCCAAGGCUGCGAAGGUUGCCCCCAGGCCCGUUGACAAGCUGAGGCCUGUUGUCCGCUGCCCUACCAUCAAGUACAACCGCCGUGUCCGCCCCGGCCGUGGUUUCUCUCUUGCUGAGUUGAAGGCUGCCGGCAUCCCCCGCAAGUUCGCCCGCACCAUCGGUAUCUCUGUCGACCCCCGCCGCCAGAACCUCUCCGAGGAGGGUCUCAAGGCCAACGUCGAGCGCCUCCAGGAGUACAGGAAGCGCCUCAUCCUCUUCCCCCGCCGCAACGGCAAGACCAAGAGCGGUGACGCUUCCGCCGAGGAGGUCAAGGCUGCCAAGAGCGGCGAGAACCUCAUCAGCAGCACCGCUUCCAUUCUGCCCAUCAAGAACGUCCUCGAGUUCGAGGAGGGCCUCAUCAGCAACUACGAGGCCACCGAGAACGCCUACAGGACCCUCCGUAACGCCCGCUCCGAGGCCCGCCACGUCGGUGUCCGUGAGAAGCGUGCCAAGGCUAAGGCUGAGGAGGCCGAUGCCAAGAAGAAAUAAACGACUCGCUGAAGCGACUGUCUGGUUCUUUGCUAUGGCUUACGACACUAUAAAAGUCAGGGUUACGAUACGGCAACGGGUGUUCCCAGCGCGGGCAUUCCCAGCGUGGGCAUUCCCAGCAUGGGCGGCGUCAUGGUUAGGUCUGUCUAAAAUUGGCAGCAUGUGAAUGAUACCUAGUUUUCUCAAUGCAAGCCGUGCCUCAAUAUAUGAUGUUAGUUGGCCG